GUAUAAAUACUUAGCCGAAGGCCUCCACUUGCUUCAGACAAGUUGACUAGGUGCAGUUACUGCGUAUCAGAAACCAGAAUAUCAAAUCUUUCUUCGUUUCCGAAUAAAAAUUAGAACAAACAAGCAAGUGAGCAGUCAUGGCUAAUCACCACAAGCAGAAUGGAGUACAUUUGGAAAGAGACAAAGGAGAUCCACAUGAGAAUGUAAAGCUAAAGUCACCGCAUCUCGGUAAGCAAGGAGCCAACCUGACGACUGCCAUCCUGUCAGUCAUAGCUGUAAUGUUUGCAAUAUUCUGUGCUGCAUUCCGAAGCUCUUUGCUUCACCAUGGUCAAUCAUUCUGGAUUUCAUCAGGGGACUUCAUAGCCAGACAAUGGGGACACUUCUAUGACUAUUUUGAGGGAAAUUUUGCCAAAAUGGGGAUAGCUCUUCACUGUCUGUCUGUUCUGGAGCAUUGGUUGCUAGGAGGACUGUUCUUAAUCAUAGACCUGACUGGUAGACCCAAGUUCAUCACCAAAUACAAAGUGCAGUUGGAUCAAACCGAGAUUCCGGCAGACAAGUUGCGACGAACUUUGUGGACUGUUUUCCUGAACCAAACCAUCUACAAUGUGCCCAUCCUGAUCGGGCUCUACUAUGCUGCAGUACGUCGAGGAUGCGGAUCCACUGUCGAGGAGCUACCAACCUUCCAGACCGCCCUCUAUCAUCUGGCUGUCUUUGUUGUAGUGGAAGAAAUCGGGUUUUACUACAGUCACAGGUUGCUCCACCACCCCUUCCUCUACAAGAACGUCCACAAGAUGCACCACGAAUGGACCGCACCCAUCGGUCUAGUCACCAUGUACGCCCACCCGGUGGAGAACCUCCUCGCCAGCUCCCUCCCAGCCAUCACCGGUCCUCUCCUCGUAGGCUCUCAUCUUCUCACCUUCCACAUCUGGCUCCUGCUGGCUCAAUAUGUCUCCAUGAUUCACCACUCCGGAUACCACCUUCCCCUUCUCCCGUCUCCAGAAGCUCACGACUACCACCAUCUCAAAUUGCUCCAUCAUCCAUGGCUGUACAAGAGAAUCCACAAAAUACACCACGAGUGGACGGCGCCUAUCGGCCUGGUGUCCUUAUACAGUCAUCCAUUCGAGAGCUUCCUCUCCAACACAUUCCCCGCGGUUUUGGGUGUGGUCAUUGCUGGCUCUCACAUGCUUGUAGCAUCAUUAUGGUUCCAGCUUGCUCUCACCGUAACAACCAUCACUCACUCUGGCUACCAUCUUCCACUGCUUCCAUCACCAGAAUUCCAUGACUAUCACCAUCUAAAAUUCAAUAACAACUAUGGUGUACUUGGCAUCCUGGACUGGCUUCACGGGACGGAUGUCAACUUCAGGAAAUCCAAACAGUUCCAGAGACACAAGGCCCUUCUUGGAGUCAAACCACUCAACGAAGUCAUUCCUGACAACACAAAAUAA